AUGGCUCUCUCAUCCCUCCUCACCUUGCUCGUCCUAGCCUCGACUUGCUGGAUCAACGUCAAUGCAAUUUACAGCCAGAACUCCCCCGUCCUUCAACUCAAUGCAAAGACAUAUGACACCCUGAUUGCCAAGUCUAAUCACACAUCUAUCGUCGAGUUUUAUGCGCCUUGGUGCGGACACUGCCAGAAUCUCAAACCUGCCUAUGAGAAAGCUGCAAAGAACCUCGCCGGAUUGGCCAAGGUGGCUGCCAUCGACUGUGAUGAGGAGGCAAACAAACCAUUCUGCGGACAAAUGGGCGUUCAGGGCUUCCCAACAUUAAAAAUCGUUAAACCUGGAAACAAGCCUGGUCGACCCAUAGUUGAAGACUACCAGGGACCGAGAACAGCCAAAGGAAUAGUUGAGGCUGUCAAGGACAAGCUUCCGAAUCAUGUCAGGAGAUUACAAGGCGACGCUUUCCAAAAGUGGCUCAAUGAUCCGGCUUCAUCUGCAAAGGCAAUUGUCUUUACCGACAAAAGCACGACAAGCCCCUUGGUCAAAAGUCUGGCGGUCGAUUUUCUCGGGUCCAUCGCCUUUGCACAAGUCAAAGACAAGGCUACUGCGGAGAAAUACGGUGUUACCAGACUCCCGUCAGUUCAAUUGGUCACUGCCACUGGCGAAGAAUCUAUUACCUACAAUGGAGAGAUCAAUCGAGACUCUUUGCUGAGCUUCUUCAGUCAAGUUGCUCCUCCAAAUCCGGAUCCAGCCCCGAAAGAAGCCAAAGCAGCCAAGUCGAAGAAAUCAAAGUCGACUCCUUCCCCUUCCGCUUCAGCUGGCUUCUCGAGAGCUUCCGAGGCUCACAAAUCCUCUGAUUUUGACGACUUCCUUGCAAGCUCUGGGACUAUUGUGCUGGACGACGACCUUCCCACCGACUCACCUCUGCCCAUUGUUGAUCACGAAGAGAAACCAAUGGUUGUACCUGAUGUGGCUCCUCCAAUUUCUACACUUCCUACUGCUGCCGAAGUAGAGUCUGCCUGCCUUGAUCCAAAGAGCGGCAAUUGUCUUUUGGUGUUGGUCCCAACAGCACUAGGUCCCCCAGUACCAUCACAAGAUGCGACUUCCGCGCUCGCUUCUCUGGCCGAAAUUGCACACAAGUACGACAAACGCAAGGCAAGCAUGAUACCUACUUAUGCCGUGCCAGACGACAACCCCACCUCCACCACGAUAAGACAAGAGCUGGGUCUCAGUCCUGCGGGUACACUUGAAGUGAUUGCCAUAAACAUGAAGAGAGGGUGGUGGAGAAGAUACUCGACUGAGGCAUAUGAUAUACCUGGUCUCGAAAGCUUCAUUGAUGCCAUCAAACUCGGAGAAGGAUCCAAAUCGAAAUUACCACCAUCUUUGGGAGGAGUCGCAUCAGACUCGUCCGGAUCUGAACCGGUCGAAGCUGCUGAGACUGUUGCCGAACCAGAGCCUGAGGCUAGUCCGACCACAGAUCACGACGAACUCUGA